AUGCGGCAAGAUCGGGUGGCGCGGCACUUCUACGACACCGAGAUGAAGAUCGAGCUGGUGCGCGAAGACUCCUUCAUGGACUCGUUCCACGUGACGUUUCAGCUGACGUUCGACAACCAAGCUUACCGCGAGGCGCACUCGUUCCAGCUGGUGCGGGACGAGCAGAGCCUGCCCAUCAGAGCCAGCAUCAUCGAGCUGUUUCCAUUCUCCAUUGCCUUCACGGCUGACCUGACGGUGCGAAACCUCGGCCAGUCGAUUCUCACCAUCCUGCCGGACCUGCUGGGAAAGCGGCUCAACGACUGGUUCGACCUGGUCCGCCCCCUGGUCGAGUUCCGCUUCGCAUCCAUUUUGAAGAAAACCAAUAACAUUUUUGAGCUCAUUUCCAUCGACGCACCAUCCCAGCUGAACAGCAUGAGCACCAAUGGGAAGGACGGUCUGCACCCAGAAGUUGACGAUGCGACCAUGAUCAGGGAGAAGAACCUCCGCCUGAAAGGUCAGAUGAUGUACUUCGACGAUUGGAAGAUGAUCCUGUUUCUGGGCACGCCGGUCAUGCCCGACCUGGAGGCCAUGAUCCAUACGGGGCUGUUCAUCAACGACCUCUCCAUGCACGACUUCAGCAGGGAUCUGAUGCUGGCCGGCACGCAGCAGUCGAUCGAGCUGAAGCUGGCGCUCGACCAGGAGCAGCUCAAGUCCAAGAAGCUGGAGGAGUCGAUGCGCAAGCUGGACGAGGAGAUGCGCCGCACGGACGAGCUGCUGUACCAGAUGAUUCCCAAGGAGGUGGCCAACCGCCUGCGGAAGGGCGAGAACCCGGUGGACACGUGUGAGGUGUUCGACAGCGUCACCAUCAUCUUCUCUGACGUGGUCACCUUCACCGAGAUCUGCAGCCGGCUCUCACCCAUGCAGGUGGUCUCCAUGCUGAACUCCAUGUACUCCAUCUUCGACCAGCUGACGGAGCUCAACGAAGUCUACAAGGUCGAGACGAUCGGCGACGCCUACAUGGUGGUGGCCGGUGCGCCCGAGAAACGCGAUAACCACGCCGAGCGUAUCUGCGACAUGGCGCUCGACAUGGUGGAGGGCAUCACAGGCCUGACGGAUCCGUCCACAGGUAACCAUAUCCAGAUCCGAGUGGGCGUGCACUCCGGCACGGUGGUGGCCGGCGUGGUGGGGCUGAAGAUGCCGCGCUACUGCCUGUUCGGCGACACGGUCAACACAGGGAGCCUCUCGGCCUACUCGUAG